AUGUCGAACAAUAAUCGGGAUAACAACUGGCAUAGCGUCCUAGAGGACGCUAUUAGAAUACGAGACCCCGUUGAGUUCGGAGCCAAGCCGUACGUCUGUCUCUGUGGCCGUUCAUACAAGCACAAGUUUCAUCUACAGCAACACAAGAAGUAUGAAUGCAACAAACCGCCUGCCUUCUGCUGUCAGUUCUGUCCGUACAAGGCACACAGAAGAAGCUCCCUAACUGCCCAUUUUAAUAUAUUAUUAUCAUACACAAUUGUUUACAAUAGUUUUGAUCAGCUAAGCGUGAUAUGUAACAACCGUUUAAGCAUAAAUCUUCUUCAACGUUAUUUUUCAUAUUCUACAAUUCUGUUUGUAGGCAACCGGCCUUAUGUCUGCCACUGCGGUAGAAGAUACAAGCAUAAAAACAACCUGAUUGAGCACCAAAAGUACGAUUGUGGGAAAGAUCCUCAAUUCCAAUGUCCUCAUUGCCAUUAUCGUGCAAAACUCAAGAGUAACCUCAAGAAACACAUCGCCUGCAAGCACAGCCAAUUGGAGAUUCAUAAUAUGUCCAAUCAUUGCUACGAACUUGUACCAUUGACUUUUGAACAAACAAAUAUUUUACCGUGUUUACAAGGAUUUAAAUUUUUAGUUUCUACAGAUGGGGAGAAACCUUUUUCCUGCGACUGCGGCAGGAGAUACGUGCACAAAUGUCAUCUUCGAUUUCACCAAAAGUACGAAUGCAACAAAGCACCUCAGUUCAGCUGCAGAUUCUGUCCUUAUAAGGCCAAGCAAAAGGGAAAUCUGAAAACACACCUCGCUCUAAAACACAGUGAAAUAUGGGGAGAAGCAUUUUUCCUGCUACUGCGGCAGGAGAUACGUGCACAAACAUCAUCUUCUAUUUCACCAAAAGUACGAAUGCAACAAAGCACCUCAGUUCAGCUGCAGAUUCUGUCCUUAUAA